CUUCGGUUUGUUUGCAUUCUGUUGUGUUGUUAUUUUGAUUUAUAGUAGAAGCACAAGUGAAUUCUACGGUGCUAGAGUGAAGUGUUGUGAGAAAAUAGUGACUCUAUGGACCCAGAUGCAGUAGUAAUCAUCAAACAGAUCUCGAGUAUAAAUUCAUGCAACUUAAGGUCGUUAAACCUCCAUCCCCAUGUUCAACGAGGAAGAAGUCGACCUGGAUGACACUCACCUGUGCAACAAAUGCGGUCGAACGGUUAUAGGCCUAGAACAAUAUAUCAAACAUAGGAAGGUUAGCUGCAUUCCUCCAAAACCGGCAACCGUUACUGUUCCUAGUGAGGUUGGCCAACGAAGCUCCGAGCAGGGAUACUCAUCGUUUGAUUAUGGAGAAAGCAUCAAGGAACCUGAGCAUCCCAAGAAACUUCAUAACUAUAACUUCAACUACGAUGAUCACACCGAUCCUGUUCAUCGUCCCGAUAGCAAGAACGAAUACAAAAGCGAAGUCAAUUAUGAUUAUGAACUGGGAGCGGAUUUAUUUUUCUCGUCGUUAGAGCUUCAAAGUAGUUCAAAGAAGCCUUCAACAUCCACGACUCGAUUGAACGUUUCGACACGCGUUAAAACGCGUAAGACCACAACUUCCCUAUCGCACACUGACCCGGAACCGGAACAUGAACCUGAGGACGUUUGGAUAGAACCGCAGCAUGAAAAGUUAAUGAAGGCCGUCAGGGAUAUCAGUGGGCACAAGAAAGUUGAAUCCCUUUUCCCCUACUUCCAUCAUGAGUCUCCGGAUCCCUCGGACGACGAAAGUGAAGAAGAGGAAGAUUUCGAUGCCCCGCCAAGAACUCACACUGGGGGCAAAUGGAAACCGGAGAAUCGACCCUCUUCAUCGCAGUGGCGUCACUGGCCUGAUCGAGAGGGACAGCUGGAUAAAUCGUUAGAACAGGAAGAUGACGACGAAUACAAGAGCUUUUCUCCGCCUCCAGGUCACACGAAGGGAAAGUGGGUUCCAGGGUCAAAGAUAACACGCUUGGAGUACAAAACAACUGCUCAAACGAGUAAAACGUACAACGAUACAUAUUGGUGCAGUAUUUGUAAUCGGAAGCUAGCGUCCCGGUUUGUAUAUGAACGUCAUCUCAAAUCAAAUCUGCAUAUGAAACGAGCUCAGGAAGAAACUGAAUUAGAGAGAGCAGUUAAGCCUACUCUUUAUCCUAAUGAACUGUCGAAGAGAAUGAUUAAACCUUCCAUUUACCUGGGAGAGGACUUCUUUAACACAAAUCUUAGUCCCGAAAAGACAUCGACUCCGACUUCCCUAUAUGCACCGGAAAUACUUCCAUCAACUUCCGGUAAGGUGAAGCGAAAACGGAAGUGUUACUACACCAAAUGUGAAGUUUGUAAGACACGACUACCGAGUCACCUGCUUGGAAAACAUUUGAUCUCCCGCUACCACUAUCGACGGAUGUUGAAUCAUCCAGAGCAAUGUUUCGAUAUUAUUCUCAAAAAUAUUCACCGUAUCGUCCUGCAAUCCCCGUUCCAGUGUCACCCCUGUAAGUUUUAUGCCAAUACUCAAGAACAAUUCAUGAACCACUGGCGCUCUCCAGGGCACGACCAACAAGUCAGUGACGGAGGUAAAUUCUGGUGCAGCUUUUGUAAGUUUGAAUGUCCCGAAAAUUACCUUAUGACGAACCACCUUCAAGGCGCUGAUCAUCAAGAAGUCAUAGCCGUGAUCAACCGUUCCGUUCCGAUCAUCAUUCGGAAAAUAUCACCAAUCAUUUGUGAAUUCUGCGGGGACGAGUUCCGUUACAAUGCAGAACUGAAAAAACACCAUGAAUUCUGCAAUGAAGGAACUCCCGACGAGCUGGUUCGCAUCAAACGAACCUUCCAAAACUGCUUCACCUGUGACAUUUGCAAGGCUUCUUUCCACAACAAAAUGCUAUUGCUGCAGCACGGCCAGAAACUUCAUCGACUGGCACAAUACUACUGCUCAAUCUGCGAAGUCACAUUCGCAACACCGAAAGAAUCCGUCCAACACCGCCGAACAACCGCUCACAAAGUUAUGUCAGCCAGGAAGCGACAGAAAGUCAAUCCAACCGGUAAAAUCUGUCACGUGUGCAAGCAAGAACUGCCGGACAAACUGGAGCUAAAAAACCACAUUCACUCCGAACAUCCUGAAACAAAAUAUAGUUGCCCCCAAUGUGCUAAAAGUUUCGUGCUGCCCCAAGAACUUGGCCGACAUGUACGUGACAAAAAUUGUACAUUUUUCAAUCCCGGUGGAACAUCAUCACAUUCGUCUGCACUUUUGCCGGGACCAGUUUUCGGGCAGGAAAAAAGUCCGGAACCUUCAUCAUCCCUCUGUCUCUAUCAACAACCGUCCGAGUCCGGGCCAAAUUCAAUUAUCACGAAUGAUUCAAUUAAAGUAAAUAUGGCCAAUCGAAAAACGAGCAAGAAGGAGUCGCAUCUGUACGUCUCUGCUCCCAAGUUUGAGAUGAAUGCGGAAGGAAAAAGCACCCGGACCGAGGAAUUAGUUGGCCAGAUUGUUCACGGCGGAGGGGCUUUGGUAAUUCCGGUGACUUCGGCGAUGCAGUUGAACCCCACAGUAACCGAAUCUGACGGUCUCGCUUUGGAGUCGCAGAACCAAACAAUCACUGUGGUGGAACAUUACACUUUUCUACAGCCUUCCAUCCCAAUGGAAGCGUCUGAGGUCAUACCAAUAACGAGCACCCCAGAACGAUCGAUGCUGGAAAUUGAGACCCACAAUUUUCUGGCACCGAACCGGCUCCCUCAGCGCCCUCCGACGACGCUAAUCAGUUCCACCCACUGUAUUACGCCACCAAAAACAACAACUACGGCCACCAAUCCCAGCCAUUUCCCUGGCAGCGAUGCUGAUGAUGAUGAUGCUGAUGAGCAUCAUGAUAGGGAUAAUAAUAUUAUCGUCAAUGCGUCCACAUCAGCAGAAAUCUUUUUCACCAUGGCCAGCAGUGCGUCCGAGAAUAACACUGUUUACGUUGACGAAAUUGUUGGAACGACCACCGACGAUGGCACCAUCAUAUCCUGGCAGUGUAAAAUAUGCCCAUUCAGCACUUCAUCCCAGGCCGAGUUUCUAUAUCACAGAAUCCUCCACGACUGUCGCGUGUCAGACGGGCAGGACGAGGCAAAUGUGGCCGGCCUUAGCAAGAAGCUUAGCUGCCCACUGUGUAAGAAACAAUUUACCAAAUCCUCCCUAAGGUGCCAUCUGCGUCAGCACACCAACGAGCGGAUCUUUCCGUGCAGCCUGUGCCCGAUGAGUUUCACCCGGAAGGCUAAUCUUAAAAAUCAUGUGAACAAUAUCCACCGCGCUGGGCAGCCGGAUGAGGAAGUUGCUGGCGGAAGUGGCGAAGGAAGUGCCCGGAACCAAGUGGCAGCUACUGACCCGGUGCCGCCGUCAAUUUGUGGCACCUGUGGGAAAACAUUUGCUAAUAGCCACAUCCUGACGCAGCAUGAAAAAAUACACCUGGCGCCGAAAUCGAUCAAAGAAUUCGCCUGUCAACAUCCGGACUGCUACUACGUUGGCCGCAACCCGGCCGAGGUGCGAACCCAUCUGGCCUGCCGGCACUCCGAGGAGCGAAACUUUGCCUGCAACGAAGAUGGAUGCGACUAUCGGGGCAAAACCAUCAGUCAACUGAAGCGCCAUUAUCAACGGCACGACGAAACGGUUAAAAAGUACAAAUGUGAACACUGUGACUUUGCCACCCGGAUAUCCGGUCAUCUGAAGCGGCACCUGCUGGUCCAUAGUGGUAAAAAACCAUACUGGUGUCCGCACUGUGACUACGUUUGUAACAAUAUCGAAAAUCUUCGCAAGCACGUGAUCUCUACCUCUAAACAUAAAGGGAAAUUCCUGUAUGAAUGUCAGCUCUGCCGACAGGACCACUGCCCGGAGGAAUCCGUUUUCAAGGUUAAUUUUUGGAAGGAUUUUAAAAAUCAUCUCAUUGGAAAGCACAAACUUUCCCCGGAAGAUGCUGCUCAAGUGGCUCGGAUUUAAAAAUAGUUUUUAAAGAUAAGGCGUCUUUUCCGUUUUUUUAAUAAUAACAAUCAGCACUCCAAGCGGUAGUUAAAAAUACUAAUUCUACUCUAGCGAACGGUUGAAGAACUAGUUUCAGCUUUUCAUUCUAAAGCUUUUACAUGUAAAGCUUAUCGUAGCAUCCGAACGCCAUCUGAGCCUCAUAUAAACAUGUUCCACAUCCUGGAAACGAACCUUGAAUGGUGUUCCCAAGGGCAAAAGCUCAUGCUGUAAGUUUUCGCAAGGUUCCAUUUUCUGUUUGUUCCUACACGUUUAACAUAUAAUAUAUGCAAUUGAAGUUACGGACACCAAAAAUUGAUUGAACUUAUACAAAUCUGAAAUUGAUCAAUUUUCUGAAAAAGUUAAUUUGUACCUUUAUUAACCGAUUAUUCCAAACAUAUGUAUUUGUAUAAAUCGAAUUUGUAAAUAAAUCCAUCAACCUUUGAA